AAGAAGUCCAGCCCAAAGCUGGAGGAUGCUGGCAAGGUGGGGAGCAUGGAGCCAGACAUGCUGAAGAAGCUGGUGAACAACUUGGUGCCCGCCCAUCUGCGCGGGGACCACUUCUUCGUGCCUGCCUUCCUGGCCAUCUACAGGAGAUUCGCCACCCUGCAGCAGGUGCUAGAUCUGCUGUUCCUCAGGUACCCCUCCUUCCUCCCGGACUCUGAGGAGGACCAGCAGAACAAGAGGGCUCUGAGUUCCAUCCUGGAGACCUGGCUUCUUCAAUACCCAGGAGACUUUUACCAGUGCCCAGACAUGGCCAGCCUCAAGCAGCUCAUGGACUAUGCCCUACUGAACCUUCCAGAUUCAGACAUCAUCCUGCAAGUGGGCAGACUUAGGCCUAACUUAGAGUUUGCUAAGAGGGAUCCCUUCCAGAGUGGCUGAUCCCAACCAGGGAUCAGGACAAUUGCAGGACAAUUUAGACCACCUCACCUUGCAGGACUUCAAUUGCAAGUCUCCCUCCCUCCCCUGGAAAUGUUGCCUUUUUUUUUUUUCCUGGUUUCAUUUAU